AUGCAGGCUGAUCAGACAGUGUUGAGCUUGAGACCUGGUGGUGGUGCCCGCGGUGGUAGAGUAACCGGCCCACGCUUUGAUUCUACUGGGGCGGCCAAUUCCGAUCUUCCGCUGCUGCGUCCUCAUGGCGGUGCCGCUGCAUCUUCCCUCCCUGCUUUCAAGACUGGAGAAUCUCGAUUUGAUGGCCAUGAACGUAUUCGGUAUUCUAGAGACCAGCUAAUGCAGUUAAGGGAGAUCGUCAACAUCCCUGAUGAUAUUUUAAAAGUGAAACAAGAAGUUGAAGCUGAAUUUUAUGGUUCAGAUCCUAACUGGAGUCGUGGAGAGAAUAAUCCCCUGACCCAAGCUCAGAGUCGUUAUUCUGAACCGGACAACCGUGACUGGCGUAAUCGAUCUGCACAAUUUCCUGCCCCUACAGAGGAGAGGUCAUGGGAAGCAAUAAGGGACAGAGACUUUGGUGGGCGGUUUGACCCUAGGCAACAGGAUGCAAACCAAUUCAAUAAGCAAGACCAGCUCAACUCGCAGUUCUCAAGAGUGUCCAACCAAGGGGCUGGAUCUGCCGCUGCUUUAAUCAAAGCUGAGGUGCCAUGGUCCGCUCGAAGAGGAACACUUUCCGAUAAGGACCGUGUUUUAAAAACAGUCAAGGGCAUACUGAAUAAGCUUACUCCUGAGAAGUUUGAUGUUCUAAAGGGCCAACUGAUCGACUCUGGAAUCACAUCAGCUGAUAUUCUGAAGGAAGUUAUCUCUUUGAUAUUUGACAAGGCAGUCCUGGAGCCAACAUUCUGUCCCAUGUAUGCCCUGCUGUGCUCGGAUCUUAACGAGAAGCUUCCUCCCUUCCCAUCUGAUGAACCCGGUGGAAAAGAAAUUACGUUCAAACGUGUCCUCCUGAACAACUGCCAGGAGGCUUUUGAAGGUGCUGACAAAUUGAGGGAAGAGGUCAGACAGAUGACUGCUCCCGACCAGGAGCAGGAACGAAGGGAUAAAGAGCGUUUGGUCAAACUCCGCACGCUUGGGAACAUCCGCUUGAUCGGAGAGCUUCUCAAGCAGAAGAUGGUGCCCGAAAAGAUCGUUCAUCAUAUUGUUCAGGAAUUAUUGGGACAAGACACCAAGAUCUGCCCGGCCGAGGAGAACGUCGAGGCAAUCUGCCAAUUCUUCAUCACCAUCGGCAAGCAGCUCGAUGAGAACCAAAAAUCCAAGCGUAUCAACGACAUGUACUUCAACCGCUUGAGAGAUCUGUCGACAAAUCCUCAGCUCGCUGCCCGGCUGAGGUUCAUGGUUCGAGACGUCCUCGACCUUCGCUCCAAUAACUGGGUUCCGAGACGGGAGGAGUCGAACGCGGAUGAGCUUAAGAAGAAAACUGUCUCACUUCUGGAGGAGUAUUUUAGCGUGAAGCUUCUGGACGAGGCCUUGCAGUGUGUCGAGGAACUCAAAUCCCCUGCCUACCACCCAGAGGUCGUAAAGGAGGCAAUAUCCCUCGGGCUGGAGAAAAGCCCGCCACGUGUCGAGCCCGUUUCGAAACUCAUCCAGUACUUGCUCGAGAAGAAGGUAAUCAACGUGAACGAUGUAGGCACUGGGUGUCAGAUCUAUGCUGCCACGCUGGACGACCUGGCUAUUGAUUUACCAAAAGCACCGGCCAAUUUUGGCGAGAUUAUCGGGAACUUGGUUUUGGUGGGAGGACUGGACUUUAAGGGGGUGAGAGAGAUUUUGGGGAAAGUGGGUGAUGACUAUUUACAGAAGGCCAUAUUUGAUACCGCUGUGAAGAUUGUUGCUUCAUCCGGAUCAACAGGGAAGGAGCUGCUCGACUUGCAGGCGGCUGACAUUGAAGCCUGCAAGAGCCUGUUUUAG